GGCUGUUUAACUCUAUCAUAAAAGUUAUAAUAAUUUUGGCUUAACCAUAUCAGCUUUUGUAUACAAACUCUUACAGACAAUUAGCUGAGAAAUAUUUGCACUAGCAUUAGCAUAUAUGGAUUUUCGCAGUAAUUAUUAAUGAGCUCUGAAGCUUUCGAGCUGAUAUGAAUCAUUCAUAUCAGUAGCCGGUAUACCAGAGUGGUAGAGCGUGCGGGAAAUAUUGACUUGGAAUCAGUGUGUGUUUGAACAGGGAAGCAGAAUGAGAUUGGAGUUGCUCUGAAAAUCUGCGAAUCGAUACAUUGACGUUUUUUCGGAAGUGUCAUCCUUUGUGGGCAGAAAGCAUUGAGCGUUCGUCGCCAUGGUGCAGUGUCAUUCGGAGUUGGCAGCCCUUAUGCUGCAAGGAUGCGAAGACUACUGGGCUUGGAGCCGAAAGGAGAAAUCCCACGAGGUAAAACUGGUCGGGAAGCGACGUGAGACGGCUCAUUUCCAUCCGAAGUGGUCUAAUGGAACGGCCGGAGUGCGAGGAACGCGGUGUCUGAAUUAUGGAACCCAUUACUGGGAAAUCCGUGUUUCGCAGAGGUUGUUCGGUACCAGCAUGAUGUUCGGCGUCGGGACCAAGGAUGCUUGUCUUCAUAUGGAUUCGUUUGUGAACAUGAUCGGCGAAAAUGAUCAGAGUUGGGGCAUUUCACAUAAAGGCAUAGCCUGGCAUAACGGAAAAGGGCGGAAUUUCACGAAGCCGUUUCGUGAAAACGAAUCUACGACAUUGGGGGUCCUCUUCGAUUGGCAGAAAGGAACAUUGUCGUAUUUCAAGGAUGGGGAAUCGUUAGGGGUCGCGUUUACGGGCCUCAACUUGGUGAACCAAGAACUGUAUCCUAUAGUGUGUUCCACGGCAGCAAAAACGGAAAUGACAUUGUGCCGCCGACGGCGGAUGUACCACAGCCUCCAAGACCGCUGCCGGGCCGCCAUCGUCGCCAAACUAAAGGAAGAGAGACACGUAGACGCCCUUCCCAUUCCGAACCGGAUGAGAUGUUUUCUGAAGGAAACUAUGGCGUAGUUAAAAAUUGUGUGAAUGUGAAUUAGUCAUUGUUUCAAAAUGGUGCAAUUUAUUUAACUGACUGACGAUGGUGUGUCAGAGAUCUAGUCUUUCAUGAUUGUAACAUUUAUUUUGUAUUAUUUGAUUGUAUUUGUCUUUGCUUAUUUGUCUACUUUGGUUUUUCAUACUAAUGUGCUAUAUUAUUUCAAAUGGUUGGUUACGUAGAAUUUUAUAAGUUUUUGUCACAAUAUAAGUUUCAUAAGCUUUUUUUCGAUAGAGGUCGUUUUUUGUGUGUGUUUUCAAAUUAAUCAUCAAAAUAGUAAAAUAAAUAGUAAUGUCAUAUAUAUUUAUUAUUAUAGUAUUCAACUUCAAAGGAAAUGACGUUAAUGAAAAACUUUUCUGAAAGGAACGUUUGACGUCAAUUUUAAAUUUUCAAAAAGCUAAUUAUCAAAAUAAACCGUGAGAACAGCAGUUUUAACGGCUCGCGUUUGAAAUUCCACACAUCAGCUGUUUUCUUUGUUUCUUUAUGUGAAAAUUCUCUAAAACCGUUGCCUAGUAAUUCAGAUCAAUACCCUGCUUCUGGGGUUUCAGCUGUCGUCUGCGGCUACUGAUCAAUACAAAAUGUCGUCUGCCCAUUAAAGGCGAUCGUCUGCUACUGGGUGCGAUAUUGAUUAAGCCGUGCCAUCUGGCAUGAAAUAUCAUCUUUUAUUCUUUUUUUCGAAACAAUGAAUUUUCCCUAUCAUUUUUAUUCAACUUUUCAUAAUCAUUAUAAUUAUUUAAAUAAGACAUAUUUUGAAAUGUUUUGUACUGAUUUCAUUCUUGUUAAAAUACGGUUUUCAUGAUAAAAUUAUUACACAGCUCAUACGAAAGCUAUAAAUACCUUGGUGGUAUAAAUUCUUCUUUGAGAACUCUUUGAAUGCAUUCUUAUGUUUAUUUCUGUUAGUUUUACCUGUAAAUGUUUAAACCCCUCUCACAUACAUGUAUAUAGUUCUAACUUGUAAACGCGUAUGAUGAUACGGAUAGAGCGAAGUCUGUUCAUCAGAACAACAUCUUCCGUCCGUAGGAUGAGAAUUCUAGUCAAUCUGUAAAUAUUUCUGUAUAUAUUGCCAUGGAAACGCAUGUAGUUUAGUAGUGUAUAAAUGUAAUAUAAGACAGACGAGGUGCUAUUUUUGAUUCGAUUUCAUGUAAAUAACUUAACAAAUUUCUUUGAAUUGACGUGGAUGUAUAUAACACACACCCUAAUCAGUCUUAUCUUCGGAAUUUCAGGUUUUCGUGCAAGAGUUUAAACUAUUUUUAGAGUAACUUAUAACUUACUGCACACAACGUUGAAUUUUUACUUAUUUUCUGUUAAAAAAACUCACGAAAAGUAAAAUCAUGUACAUUUUUCAAACAAAACGUUAAAUUUUGAAAUUACCUGCUUAAAAAGGCCAAGAAAAAAUAUAUAUUAAUGAAAUCAAAAUUUUAGUAUGAAUUCAUAAUUUUCAGCACAUACAAUGUGCUUAACCGAAUGUUUUUUAUGUAAAUAGCUUUAACUGCAUACAUGUAUAUAUUUGAAUCAUGUUAUUUAUUAAUGUAUUUAUUCUGUAGCGUAGUAGUAUAGUCAGAAUCUCGGUCGGAACCGUGCAAUAUUAGAACCAACUGAAUUACCAUGGUUACCAUGUAUGUAAUUUCAGCCAGCGUUCUUGUACAUAGUAUGUUUUUUUCCUCAAAUUAUUGAAUAUUAUAUGUGUAUUACCUUUUUGAAAAUAUAGAUGCUCAAUUUGUUCGUGUUUUUCUCCUUGGUCGUUUUAUUACGUUAUGUUUAUAAAUGUACUUACAUUUAAAUCUUAAAAUGUUCUUAAACCAUGUAUAUUCAUCUUUAUACAAUGUCAUCCAUGUACUUUCUUAGAUAUUAUAUAGAUAUCUAAUAAGUAUUGGUACAAAUUAAUUAGCAUCUUUACUUAUUUUCAUAAUUAUUUGAAUACAUUUUUUUUCUCAGUCAUAUCUUUCUGUAUUUCAUCUUAUUUUCAAUCUUUCUAUAUGUUUUAAUUGUUCUUUUAUUGAAAUAUUGGUGUUGUUAAAUAUAAGAAAAUGUUCGUAACAUGACGUUUGUCAUGACAGUGAGGAGGAAAUGAGUCUCAGAAAUGUAGUAUAAAUCAAUAAAUGUUGUUUGUAGUAGAAUUUAGAUAAUAUUUUUCUUUGAUAAUAACUGAAAACAUAUUUGUAUCUUUGCUUAACAACUUGAGAGAACGAACAUCGAUAUUUCAGGAUUGAUUUUUUUUCUUCUUUUUUUCUAUUUUUUCAUUCUUAUUCAUCAGAAGUUUGGCAAUGAUAAAUCUAAAUUUAUAUUUAUCAUAGCAUCAUCGCAUUAGUGUACGAAAAAGAUUUUGGAAAAACAACAAUUUUUAUGAUAGUAUUUUGGCUGGUAAAUGACGGCAUUAUGAAAUCGAAAUUUCACAGAACCCAAAACUUUGAUUAUGUCUUAAAACAAUUAUAGCGUUCAGACAGUGUUCAUACAUGUUAUAUCUGAAAGAUUUUUUUUAUACAUUUUAAUACACUUAAAAUAAUCAUAGACCAGUAUAUUGGAACAUGUAUGUCAAUUCACGGACAGGAAUCCAGGAGCUUUAUAUAUUAUAGUUAAAUCGUGCAAUGUAAUAUUAUAUAAUAAAAAAAUAUAUUCCCUAACUAGAUUAGCAAUUUUCACGGACACUGAAAUCCAAUCUGUACAUAAAACAUAACUAUCGAUUUAUUUUAUCACUUGUAUUCAUUAUUAUUUAAACAAACUUUAUAAUAUAUUAACAUAUGAAAUAUGUACACUUUCAACAUAUAUUUAGAUAUAUUUUGUUUAGUCGUCUAUAACAGGAAAAGGGCCUUCAUUGAAAAAUGUCUUACUUUGAAUACUUACUGUAUACCCCCAUAAUUGUCAAUUUUAAUUUUGAUAACCCAAAAUCAAAAUGUCUCUUGGGAGCAAUGGUCAGUCAAAACUUGUUGUCUUCACAGCUUUUAAAUAUAUGGCUUAAAUCAUUGUGGUUUAUGUCAUUUUCAGUCAAUGUUGUUAACUAUUCGUGUAUAUGCUAUUUAUAAUAUUUAUUAUAAUUUAUUGUUGGAAAUGAAACUGAAAGUUUGAUAGCGAGCAAUUUGAACAAAAUGUAUUUUUAAACUAUUGUGUUCUCUGUAUACAUGACUUGCCAAACAAAGCGGUA